ACAAUUGUUAGAGGAAAUAAGCCUCGAAAGGAUACUUCAAUCAACGGCCUGCUGGAAGAGUUUGACAACAUCUCAGUGACACGAUCCAAUUCCCUGCGGAAGGAAAGCCCUCCCACCCACCACCAGGGGAACACCAACCACCUGCCGAGGCACCAGGAGGAGAAUGGUUAUAUCACCUACUCCCAGUAUUCCAGUGAGUCAGACACAACGGACUAUGUCGUGGAGAAAUACCGAGACAAGACUCUUUAUGGGGAGGAGCUGGACAGGUACUACAAGGGGAGCUACGCCGCCAAGCAGAACGGGCACAUGAUGAAGGUGACCUCCCGGGACAUCUAUUAUUCAGAAGUGACACCCCUGCAGCCAGACCUCUCCAGGUUCCUCCCAGAUUACCACGCACACCUGGAGACAAAGCCCAAGCCACUGGAAUACGGCGGCCUAAAGCUGGAGUACCAGCGGAUCCCCAGCGGAUCCUCCCUGGACUACAGGGAUCCCUUCCCUUACACCCCAUCCCGAGCCUCGGUGCAGAGCGAGUGCCCCAAGGAGAGGCUGGAGUACAGUGAUGGGGACUGGGGACACGGCCUGGGCAAGGAUGACUACGACAAGAGGCCCAAGUCAUCCUACGUGGACCCAGCGAGCCCUCAGCCAGCGAUGAGACAAAGGUCCAGGUCAGGCUCUGGUCUGCAGGAGCCGGCCAUGCCCUACGGAGCAAGUGCCUUUAAGGCACACCAGCAAGGACAUUCCUACAGCUCCUACACCUACCCCCGCUUAUCCGAGACAGCAGCAGGCAUCCCCAAGGUGGAUUACGACCGAGCGCAGCUGGUUGUUAGCCCCCCGCUCUCUGGAUCAGACACCUACCCCAGGGGCCCAGUAAAGCUACCUCAAAGUCAGAGCAAAGUCAGCUAUUCAAGCAGCAGCUACCAGUACCCUCUGGUCUACCACAAAGCAUCCCACUAUCACCAGCCAUCUCUCCAGCCCGGCUCGCCCUAUAUUUCCACCGCCUCCUACCCCAGCUCCCCAAGUAUCACGUCAAGUGCUUACCCUCCACCCAGCUGGGGAUCCUCCUCGGACCAGCAGCCCUCCAGGGUGUCCCACGAACAGUUCAGAGCUGCCCUGCAGCUUGUGGUCAGCCCCGGUGACCCCCGGGAGUACUUGGACAACUUCAUCAAGAUCGGGGAGGGCUCCACGGGGAUCGUCUGCAUCGCCACCGAGAAGCACACGGGAAAGCAAGUGGCUGUGAAGAAGAUGGAUCUCAGGAAGCAGCAGAGAAGGGAGCUGCUCUUCAAUGAGGUUGUCAUCAUGAGAGAUUACCACCAUGAGAACGUGGUCGACAUGUACAACAGUUACCUUGUUGGAGAUGAGCUGUGGGUUGUGAUGGAGUUUCUGGAGGGCGGCGCUUUGACAGACAUAGUGACUCACACCAG